AGCAGCAGCAGAAACAUGGCAGACACCGCGGCCAAACGAGAAGCAGACAGUGUUGGAACUGAAGAUUUGUCUCAGAAAGCAAAGAGGGCGAAAGCUGACAGUGAGAAUGGUGGAGGAGAAAAGGAACCUGAGUCUAAAAAUAUUCUCUCUGACUUUAAAACGUCCAGCAUCUUGAGUGAGUCUGCGCGGGAGAAAAACAUCUUCAUCCAUGGAAAGCUUGCAGACCAGGAGGCUGUGGUUAUCCUGGAGAAGACUCCCAUCACAGAAGACAGCCUGGCUGAGCUCUUCAGUGGCUCCAGGCUGAAGCUGCAGAUGAGGAACGACAUCUACAGCACAUAUCUCUUACAAGCUCCCCCUCAACUCAACGAGAUCAAGACUACAGUGGUGUGUCCAGCCACAGAGAAGCAUGUAAAGAAAUACCAGAGACAAGAGAGUUUCCUGGUGGAGGAGAAGGGGGAGGACUAUGAGUCCAUCACGCUGCCCUACAUUCAGAAGCAGAGUUUCAGUGUGCAGUGGGUAUACAACAUCCUGGAGAAGAAAGCAGAGGCUGACAGGAUCGUUUAUGAAGAUCCAGACCCAGAAGUUGGCUUCGUCCUCCUCCCAGAUUUCAAAUGGGACCAGAAACAGGUUGAUAAUUUAUACCUGAUUGCCAUCACACAUCAGAGAGACAUCAGGAGUCUGAGAGACCUGACGUCAGAACAUCUACCUCUGCUGCAGAACAUCUUCCACAAAGGAAAGGAGGCGAUCCUGCAGUGCUACAAGCUUCCAGCCAGUAAGCUGAGAGUCUACCUGCACUACCAGCCAUCCUACUACCACCUCCACGUCCAUUUCACCAAGCUGGGCUACGAGGCGCCGGGUUGCGGCGUGGAGCGGGCCCACCUCCUCGCCGAUGUUAUCCAAAACCUCCAGUCUGAUCCCCAGUACUACAAAACCAGGACCCUGUACUUCCCUCUGAGGGCAGAUGACGGACUGCUCAGCAAGUUCAAGGAAGCGGGGAGGCUGUGACCUACCACAGAGCACUGAUACCUCCCACUGGUACCGUCCCAUCACAACUGUGUGCUUAUCCAUCACGUGUUUUGUAGUCCUGUUCAAAUUAACAUGUCUAUUUUUGCAAUUAAUUUAAAAUAUUUCAAGCAUUUUUAAAAGUUCUUGCAAAAUAAAAGGGGUUCAGGGGCAGUAGUAGGAUGAGUUUUAAAGUUAUAGUAAAGGGAAGGUCUACAUAAUAAUAAUAAUUAUAAUAAUAAUAAAUAAUUUUGGCAAGAAAGGUGACUCCCACCUCAAGAUAUCUGACUGAAAAUGGUUUCUCCUGGUAGCUAGUAAGUCUCCCUUUUACAGACAAAUGUCUAUUAUUACAAGCUUUGGUCUUUGGUCAAUUAUUAUUUAAUUCUUUUCAAUCAACUGACAGACAUAGUUUUUUCUGUCUUUUUAUCAGUUUGGUUGCUAAAUGGUAGUGAUGUGCAAAUGAAGCCUCAUGAACCAUUUUCUUUAUUUUGUGAGCCCACUAGAUGGAGCUCUCUCUUCAACAAAGAGCUAAAAACACACUCAAUUACCAUUGCUUGAGCCUUUUUCUAUAAACCAAGAGCUCCAUCCGAAAUGGUUCAUGAGGCUUCAUUGGCACAUCACUAUUAGCCAGUUAGCUGUAUUCUUCUAUCAAUACCUACCAUCACCAACAUAUUAUACAUAUUUUACUGUACACACAUUUGGAUACAUCGUACAUGUUUCAGUAAAUCCUCAGCAAGGUGUUUUUUCAUAUUGUUGCUGCAUAAUAAGAAAAAAAUUAAUAUGGGAGUGGAUGUGGUAGAUGUCAAACCAGUCUCUGUUUUAAUGUUUUUCAUAUGUUUUCUAUUUGUUGACUGAAUUAAAUAGUCUUUUUUUCUAUGCAGCCUGGUGAUGUCAUUUGUUUGGAAUAUUUGAGACAAAAUAAAAUCACUGUACUUGCAUUUCUAAACUAAACAACAUGGAUGCACUAUAGCGAUUACUAUAGCGAGAUCUGAAACUGAAUUAUUUUUUAAACUGUAAAAAAUAAGAUCUGAAUCUGAAAAGAUAAAACCUGCAACUGAAAGAAACAUGAAAGUGAAAAAUGAAAAU